UGCUGCUUUCCACAUAACAUUUAAAAUUUUGAAGAUAUUUUUUUAUUUUCUUUGUAAUUUAAUAAAUAAUUGUUACUUAAUAAAUGUUGAAAAAUGCAAAUCAGCAAAAUUGCUAUUAAAUACAGUUCAGAAAUUAAUAUUUUUUAUAAGUGAAACAAAGUCAUUAAGUUGUACAGUGUUAAAACAAUAAUAAGAAAAAAUAAUAAAAAAAGCAAAAAGUAAAUUAUAAUGGAUUCGUUGAAUUUUAGAGCCUAUGAAGUACCAUUGAUACCAUCUGGUCUAAGGCAUGAAGAAACUAUUAUACAAACCGCAAAUGCAUUGGAGUAUUUGAACAAUACAAUUAACGAUAUAUUUAAUAAAAUAGAUGAAAGAGUAGAACGAAACAAUGAAAAAAUAAGAGAAAUUCAACAAAGAAUUCAAAAUGCAAAUAAAAAAAUUGAAAGUUUAAUAGGGAGUAAAAGAGCUAUCUGCGUAUAUAGUCCAGCUAAAUUUCCUGCACUUCACGUUCUAAAAGACAUUCCAAGCACAUUUAGCGAAGAAUACUACAAAAGCUUAAAAUUCAAAUUAAAUACUAAAUAUGAUGUUGAAAAUGAUUUAGAACCGUUAACUCAAAAUAGCUUACAGCAUAAGUUACAAUUUUAUCAUGUAAAAGAAACACAGGAUCAGUCAAGAGUUUCGAAACUUUUAAAUGCAUCAAAUGAUUUAGGUCCUAUUCCAAUUGGACUUAAAUCCAUUAAUUCGUUAUUGCUUUACAAUACGUUUCAAAAUGUAUAUGCACCAGAAAAAGAAAAAGGUAUAUUCAGAAGUCAAAAUCAAUCUAAAAUCAGCGAAGAUAAAAAUGAGCUUUCAAAGAAAAAAAUUGAAGCACCACCAAUUUCUAUUACAAGCCGACAAUUAGGAACAGAAAGGAAACUCUUGCAAAAACUUUUUUACACACCAAAAUUAAAUGAUGCUCCCGAUAUAAAUCUACCUCUUGAUUUGCCCGAUCUCCCAGGUGUUGCCGCCAACAUCCAUUUCGAUGUGGACAAAAAAGAAAAGAUAGCACCUUCACUUUUUGUAAAAAAUGAAAAGAAUAUUAUUUCACAGGAAACUGUAGAAAUAGUAAAGGAUGCCUAUACUGAAAAAAUUAAUAUCGUCGAAACAAAGUCAAAACCGUUUGAAGAGGAGAUUACAAUUCCAACGGUGUCUACGCCACCUAAUCCGAUAACUGUUGAAUCUCAAUUACCACCGGUACCCCCACCUCCACCACCUCCUUUACCAAGCACUACAGAAAUUGUGCAAAAUGACAGUAAUCUUUCGGCGAAAGCUCCUAUUGCUUCUGAAGCUCGAUCAAAUUUAAUGGAGGCUAUUAGAAAAGCAGGUGGCACUCGUGGAGGAAAACUUCGAGCUGCAGCUGACGUAGUCAGUAAUAAAAUGGAUGAAAAACAAGUUAAACCAAAUUCAAAUACUUUAAUGGACGAUUUGCAUAAGAAACUUCUUAUGAGACGUAAGGGAAUUUCGGGGUCUAAGGAUAAUGAUAAAAAUACUAAUGUACUAGAUAGGCUAUCAUCUUUAAUUCCUCCACCACCGAAACCGUCUCAAGGCAUGUAUUCUUCCACUUCAGACAACGACAACGAUAAUGAUGACUGGGAUUGAAAAUUUUUUCUGUUUUGCUUGUAUACAUACAUACAUGCACGUACAUGUAUAAACUUUAGGUCAUUAAUUUUACAUAAUCUGUAUUAUUUAAACCAAUUUUUUCUAACUAGAAUAAAAACUUUUUCAUAGAAAAAAU